UAUACUCAUUUGAAGUUGGGCCUGAAAAGCAGAUUUUGUUGGCCGAUCGGCCAAAAAAGUAGCAGAUAUGUUGCAGAUCGGCACAAAAGAUGGCCGAUCGGCCAAGAGUGACCCAAACUCAGAUUUUUUUAAGAUAUUUCAUCUCCAGCUAUUUCCAGCAAGCUCCAGUUGUCCCUAGCUUAGAUAUUUCGACCAAGCUUGAUAUUUUGUUAUAUAUGAGAGCCUUAUAUCUCAUUUUUUAAGGGUUAGAACAUUUCUUGAAGGCUUAGAAAUUUGAGAACUUCUCACCCUAGAAUCCUCUCUCUCUAGAAGUUUUGUAAGCAAAACUCUCUCCCUCCUUAGAAUUCUCUCUUUCUCCUCUUGUUUUAGGCUUAGAAGUGAGAAUUUCCUACACCUUUGCCUAAGCACCCUUAACCAAACUUAACCACCAUUGGGCUGAGGUUCUUUGAGGAUCAUUUGGAGCUCCAGAAGGUUGAUUUUGGCUCAGGUUUUGGCUUGUUUUGCUGUUGUGCAUCAAGAGGUUCACCUUUCAAAGAAAGAGAAGAAGAAGAGUAAGGAGAAGAAGAACUAACAAGGACAAAAACUUGAAUAUGGAAAAUGGAAAUGCUUCAUAUGAUAUUCACCAUCCAUGCAGGUACUUCGAUACAUGCAUGUUUGGUUCUCUUUCAUUUCUUUCUUUUCUUUUAUUUUUUGUCAUUAUUAUUAUUGUUUAUUUUUUUUACUAACCUUUAAGUGUUUUGAAUUGCUUGAAGAGUUAAUGUUGCUCUUCAGAGAGAACUUCACAAACCCAAGUCUGAUCGCUCUUGCAUACAUCUAGAGUUCGAUAUAUUAGGAACUGGUAUUAUGUAAGUUUAUGGCUGCCUAAUUCAUCUAAUCGAGGUUCAGAUUUAAUUGUUUUAUAUGUAUUGGAUCAUUGUGCAAGUAGUUCAUUAUAUAGCCUUUUAUGUGCAAAGAAAAAUUAAAAUGAAAAAAAAAAAAUGAGGACGAAUUUCGUGCUAAUAAAUUCUAUUCUGCAUUAAGAUCUGUAUUUGUUCAAGAAUAGCUAGGUUUUAGUAGUUGACUGACUGUCUUGAGUGCAACUGUGCAAUACAUGUAUAUUGUGCAUGUCUGGCAUUACGUAUUUAUGGGUUGCCACCUUGUUGAGCUAUUCAUCUAUGUACAUUUUGAAAGGUUUUAUAUCUACAUUGGAAAGCAUUUAUCCACAUAAAAUUAAGGGAGCAAUGAACAAGUAAAAAAAAAUGGAGUCUUCAACCUAGAACUAGAGGGGGAAUGGUGAACAAUGACAUUUGCAUGCCUGUGAUUCAAAAUUCAAGCUAGGACGCUGUUUUUUAAAAUGGAUAAAUUUUAGGAUAAAAUUUUAAAUGUAGAUUUUUAAGAUAAAUUUUUGGAACUUAUUUAUCACACUAUAUUCUUUGUUCAUGUUAUUCCCUAUGUUUCUUUUUAUAAUUUAUGGUAUCAGUGUUUUGUUUACAAGCAUUCAAAAGUUGCACAUGCUAGUGCUUGUUAUGCUUCUCUCAAUUUCGAUGUAACUGGGGUUUGCCAUAGCACAGAGGAGCAUCCCAAGCAGAAAGGAAGUUUUGAUAGUGGUUUAUUCGCUCCAUCUUGUACAGGGAAAACCUUUGGUGAUUUAUAUAUGAUGAAUAGAGUUUCUACUAGGUCCAUCGAGGAAAGCAAACCUGAAGUCCAAAACUUCAGCAAUAAUGAGCUAAUGAUUUCUUUUGGCAGCAAUGCACGGGAAUAGUUGCUGAUGUUAUGAAUAAUGUUCCUAUGGAGCAAACAUUUAGUUUCGAAACUAAUCUGAGUGGGGAAAACAGUACAAUAGGGAAGGAUGCAAAAGAGGAAAGCCGGUUACUUGGUCCAUCUUGUUUUCCCAAAACAUGCGCUGAUGAUAAUCAUUUGAGCAGGGUUCACACUGGUGGAAUUUGGGAUGGGCCCAUGAUGGAUGUGGUUGUAAAUUCUGAGCAUGACAAGUUAACUAUUGGUUUUGGCAGCAUGAAUACCCAAUUAGGUGGGAAUGUCAUGCCUGGCAAUAUAUGGAGACUUGAUGAAGAAAUUGUCUUGCAGGGUACUUCAGCUGAAAUUUCAGCCCAGCAGCAGCAAUCUGCAGGUUGUUUUCCCACCUUCGGUAUGCUCUCAGAUAAGCAGGAAGAAAAUGAACUCCUUGGAGUUGAUGGCAAGUAUGACAGCAUGUCAAGUUUUCAAGGGGCACAAUCAGGUCAUAUUGAACAUGUGGAAUUUAAUUUCCUGACCAUGCAAAAUUUGAAUUCUCUUCCAGGAGACUCCAAAUCUGUGUCCUAUAACACACGGAUGGUUUCGAUAUUCCUAUGGUCGUUUGUUUGUUCAAUGAAAAUUUAUGUGGAAGUUCUAUUGAAAUUUAUGAUAAUCUACUUGCUGAAUUUGUCAUUUGACAGGUUUGUUGCCUUAUUUUGGUUUAGGAUAAGCAUGCAAUGUUUCUCCACAUUUAGUCAAUAUAUGGAAAUUUCAACAAAAUUUUAUCCAUAUUAUUGCUAUUUUUUACCUUUAUUACAGGUAUAUUUUUAGUUCAAUCACAUAGAAUUAGCAUAAUUUUCACACAAAAAAAAAAAGAAAAAAAAAGAAAAAAAAAAAUGGCUAUAACGGCGUUUUUAAAAUGUUGCCGGUGGAAAUUUCAAAAAAAAAAAAAAAAAAAAAAAAAAUCUAAUAGCCUUUUUCAAAUGUCACUAUAUCACUAACGGUUAGAUUUUUAAAUUAUAAAGACGUCUAUGAUGGCAUUUUUAAAAUGUCGCCGAUUGUAAUAUAACGGAGUUUCUUAAGCACCACAAGGCUAUAGCGACGGCCACAUGUUCAGCGUUUGGUAGUUAACGUUACAAAAAGAAUUAGCGACGUUUUUUACUGUUACAAUGGCGUUUUUUUAAACACCGCUAAAUGCCGAAUUUCUUGCAAUGUAUAUUGUUCAUUAAGACAUCAAGAUAUAUGCCUAUUUUCAAUUUCUGAAUAAUGUCUGGAGAGACUGUCUAUAUGCAAAUAGAUGUGAUAAAAAUUUAAAAGUUAUGUGGAAGUCUCUUACUUGUGUCUCCUUAAUACUAUACAUAAAUGUAUCUUUUGUGGAAUAAAUUCUAUUUCAUUUAAAUUUCU